CUUGAGGUCCGUCAGGAGCCAAGUUCUUUCGCAACCACCAAGAGCGCCUCCAAUGCCGACUUCGACCCCAUCCCACCAUCGAAGCGAACAUGGAAUUGGGGCGCAUACGUUGCAUACUGGAUGGCUGAUGCAUGGGCUGUCUCGAAUUGGGAAGUCGCCUCCUCCAUGAUUAAAGUUGGUUUGAGCUGGAAGAUGGCAAUUGGUGCCUGCGUCCUCGGCAACACUCUCAUGGGCCUCGUGAUUACCAUUAAUGGUCGCAUGGGUGCUACUCUCCAUACUCCAUUCCCGGUCCUUGCGCGCAUGCCUUUCGGAUACUACUUCAGUUACUUCGUUGUCCUCUCGCGCUGCGUACUUGCCAUUGUCUGGCUCGGUGUCCAGACUACCACAGGCGGCCAAUGCAUGGAGGUUUUGCUCACAGCAAUCUGGCCCAGCUUUGCGAACAUCCCGAACCACAUCGCAGACGGUGAGGGCAUCACGACUGCUGGCAUGGUCGCCUUCUUGCUCUACUUCCUGCUCCAGCUGCCGUUCCUGUGCAUUCCUUACACGAAGGUACAAUACUUCUUCGCGUUCAAGUCUGUGAUUGCACCGAUUGUCUUCUUGGCUGUCUUCGGCGACACCCUUCGCAGGGCCGGCGGAACCAUCGAUCACAGCACCGUCAUCACUCAAGGUACCACUGUCAGCGGCUCAGUCCUUGCCUGGGCUUUCUUCUCCAACCUCAACGGAGUUUUGGGCAACUACGCCACUCUGGGUCUCAACAUUGCUGAUUUCUCCCGAUAUGCCAACAAGCCCAGCGCGCAAAAUGUGCAAGCCGUCGUCAUUCCGAUCAUCUUCACCAUCGUCGGCCUCCUUGGAAUCUUCACCGCUGCCUCCGCUCAGACGGCGUACGGCGAGGUGAUGUGGAACCCAAUCAAGAUCAUCAAUCUCUGGAUGGCAUCUGGAUCUCACGCUAGCCGCGCUGCUGCUGCCUUCGCUGCCAUCGGUCUGAUCAUUGUCACUCUUGGUAUCAACAUUUCUGCCAACUCGAUCAGUGCCGCAAAUGAUCUCAUGGCGUUCUGUCCCAAGUACAUUAACAUCCGCCGUGGUCAAAUUCUUGCUGCCUUCAUUGGUAGCUGGGGUUUCGUCCCGUGGAAGAUUCUUGCGUCGGCUGCCAAGUUCCUUGCUUUCCUCGGCGGAUACACCAUCUUCUUGGGCCCAAUGACCUCCAUUCUCAUCUGCGACUACUUCAUCGUUCGCAGGGGCAAUGUCUCCGUCCCAGACAUGUACAACUUCCACGGCAUGUACCGCUACCAUCCCAAGCUCGCAAGCAACUGGAGAGCGGUCCUAGCUUUCUUCAUCGGCUGCAUUCCACCACUUCCUGGCUUCGUCGACAACAUUGUCCAGGCAGGUCAUGGUACCACGAGUGUUUCGAUCGGCGGUCAGCAUUUGUUCGCGAUCGGUUACAUUUACUCUUUCUUUGCGGCAGGUAUCUUCUACUGGCUGUUCAAUCGCUUUGCUCCACACAACGAGUCGAUGAUGGAUCAUCCAGAGACUGGCGAGGACAUCAUCGCCCAGAACGAUGCCCACAAUGUCGAGGAGCGACGAGCAAGCUAUGCUGAGGGUCACAAGCCAAGUCUUGUGGCAAGAGCUUUCCAGGUUUAGACGAGUGAUACCCAUGAUGUAUAUGACAGGAUGAUUGGUUGUAAAAAGAUUUCUUUUAUUUGCGGUAGAUAGAUACGUUGUAAAGAAUAUGCACUUUGCAAAAGCU